GUGAUGAUGACUUCCUGUUGGGAUUGGGUGAGCUGCCAGAGACCUUCCCCAGCGACCCUCCAGAGCCCCUCCCACACUUCCUGCUGGAGCCGGAGGACGCUUACAUCAUCAAGAACAAAGCUGUCAAUCUCUACUGCACGGCCACGCCUGCCGCUCAGAUCUACUUCAAAUGCAACGGCGAGUGGGUCCAUCAAAGAGAACACACCAUAGAGGAGCGGGUGGACGAGACGUCGGGUUUGGUGGUGAGGGAAGCACGGAUCGAGAUCUCCCGGCAGCAGGUGGAGGAGUUGUUUGGUUUGGAAGAUUACUGGUGCCAAUGUGUCGCCUGGAGCUCCGCAGGAACCACCAAGAGCCGCAAGGUGCACGUCCGCAUCGCAUUCUUGAGGAAGACGUUUGAGCAGGAACCCUUGGGGAAGGAGGUGUCACUUGAACAGGAAGUGCUGCUGCAGUGCCGCCCACCUGAGGGCAUACCGCCUGCUGAGGUGGAAUGGCUGAAGAACGAAGAGAUUAUCGAUCCUGCAGAUGAUCGGAAUUUCUACAUCACUAUCGAUCAUAACCUGAUCAUCAAACAGGCACGGCUUUCUGACACCGCUAACUACACCUGUGUCGCUAAGAACAUCGUUGCUAAGAGACGAAGCACCACGGCUACAGUGAUUGUCUAUGUGAACGGCGGCUGGUCCACGUGGACGGAGUGGUCGACCUGUAACAGUCGAUGUGGGCGGGGCCUUCAGAAAAGAACCCGCAGCUGCACCAAUCCCGCGCCUCUGAACGGGGGGUCGCCGUGUGAUGGACAGGCCAUCCAAAAAAUCGCCUGCACCUCAGUUUGCACAGUCCAGUUUGAGUUCUUCACCUCUUGA